AUGACAGCCAUGAUGCAAUGGCAGGUCAACAGGCAGUUCAGGAAGGACCAUGAGGCUGCCGUGGCCAGAAUUCCAAAUCCGGAUACUGUAGUCCGGCAGCUAGACCUUCCCUAUAGUCCCCCACCAGGAUUGGCAGGGCCAUAUCAAGAGAAUCCUCUUAUUGCACAGAUAGCUGGGAUGCCAAAAUGUGGGGAAAUUCAGUCUGGACAGAGGGAGGAGCCCUUUCUAUCCAAGAGCAUCAGGCCCUAA